GCCCCGCCCGCCCUGAGCUCAUCAGAGGCACUCGCCCCAGCAACGACUCCUCCGGAAAGAGAAAGCGUGCGCGGAAAAUCUCAUCACUCCCGCCACCGGCGCGUCCCGUGGCGUCCACCUUUUUAAGCCUCCCCCCGCUCCGAUUCCCCUACCCGCACUCCCCCCUCCCCUGAUCGAGUCGGGCGAGCUCCCCCCACCCGCUGCCGUUUCUCCGGCCGGAUUUGGCGCUUUCCUUUUCUGCCCCGGCGGCAGGGGGAGGCGGUUUCGCCGUUCUCGGCUGUUGCGCCGUUUCCUUCGCCCCCCCCCCCCCCCCCCCCCCCCGAUUCCGGGCAUCGCCGCCGGUAAUUCUGGCGGUUUCGUGAUCUGUCCCCCGCGCUGCCGCUGCGGUUGCGGAAAAGGCCGUGGCUUUUUCCGCUCGCCGCAACGGGUGCUCCGUGCCUGCGCUAGCGCGUGCCGCCCAAGCCGACCGACCACACCUCGCGAUCACGGGGAAGCGUCGCCGUGGCGGUCCGGCGACGGGGACGGGCGGUGACCGGUGGUGCUCAACAAAGUCUGGCGCCCCCCUCCUUUUUUUUUUUCGUGAUGUGUCGCGCCGCGUCAUAGUCGGAUCAUUAAUUGGUCUUCCAGGUCAAUCCCGGGCCUCCCGGCGUGUUCUUGACUUGUGCCGUGUUCGACCCGUGACGCCUGUGGUUGGCGGGCGAACGGGUCAAAUUUCCUGCUCUUGAUUCUUAGCGCCGCGGCCGCCGGCUCUCAGCCCAAUGCUGCCGUGACGAAGGGGGAGCUUGGGAGCGGAGGAGGAGAGGCUCGUAAAGAUCACGAGCUGGUCUUGGCCCGUGCGUCCGUGGGCGACCUCGGCGUAUGGUUGGUGGCGCCUCCUGGUGCUGCUCGUAGUGCGCCGCCGCGAUGGGCUGCGUCGCGUCCAAGAACGCCGUCUCGGUGACGCCGGCGGCCGACUCGUCCGGCGCGCUCAGGGACCGGGGCCAGCCGCGCGCGCCGGUGCCCUCGGGUCCGGUGCCGUUGCCGGUGCCCGCGGCGGCCGUGUCUUCCCUUCGCAGCUCAUCGUCCACGGCGAGGAGGUCGGAGAAGGUCAAGGACGACGCCGAGGAGCAGGGAAAGGCCGUCGUCGCCGUGCCGGCCGCGUCCCGGAGCUUCCGGCUGCGGAGCCUGCGGAAGAGCCUGGAGGGGGAGCAGGUGGCGGCCGGGUGGCCGCCGUGGCUCAGCGCCGUCGCCGGGGAGGCCAUCCAGGGGUGGAUCCCGCUCAAGGCGGACUCCUUCGAGAAGCUGGAGAAGGUUGGGCAAGGCACUUAUAGCAGUGUAUUCAGGGCACGGGACCUUGAGACAGGAAAGAUUGUUGCCCUGAAGAAGGUGCGAUUUGACAAUUUUGAGCCAGAGAGUGUUAGAUUCAUGGCAAGGGAGAUACAAAUAUUAAGAAGGCUUGAUCAUCCUAAUGUCAUGAAACUGGAAGGCUUGAUUACUUCUCGGUUAUCAUGCAGCCUUUAUCUAGUUUUUGAAUACAUGGAGCACGAUCUUGCUGGACUUUGCUCCUCCCCAGACAUCAAAUUCACUGAAGCACAGCUCAAGUGCUACAUGAACCAGUUACUGUCAGGGCUGGAGCAUUGCCAUUCGCGUCGUGUGGUUCAUCGUGAUAUCAAGGGUGCAAAUCUGCUCGUGAAUAAUGAAGGGAUUCUAAAGAUUGCUGAUUUUGGUCUUGCUAAUUACUUUGAUCCAAGCAAAAACCAUCCUUUGACCAGCCGUGUUGUUACAUUGUGGUACCGACCGCCUGAACUGCUACUAGGAUCAACUCACUAUGAUGCAGCUGUUGAUUUGUGGAGUAUUGGGUGUGUAUUUGCUGAGAUGUUCCGUGGCAAACCUAUAUUGCAGGGAAGAACCGAGGUGGAGCAGCUGCACAAGAUUUUUAAGCUAUGUGGUUCCCCUGCUGAUGAUUAUUGGAAGAAGUCAAAGUUACCUCAUGCAACAAUAUUUAAACCGCAUCAUCCAUAUCCUAGUACCCUUCGAGAUGUUUUUAAAGAGGUACCAGAAAAUGCAUUGAGUUUACUAGAAACUCUUCUGUCGGUGGAGCCCUACAAGCGCGGCACUGCAUCAGGUGCUCUUUCAUCUGAGUUUUUCAGGACAAAACCGUAUGCAUGUGAACCGUCGAGCUUGCCUAAAUAUACACCCAACAAGGAGAUGGAUGCAAAGUUACGAGAAGAUGCGCUCAGGAGAAAAGCCAGCAGAGGGCAUGGCACUGAAGCAUCCAAGAAGUCCUCAAGGCUCAGCAGAGCAGCAAGAGAACCUAGUGCAGUACCUAAGCAAAUAAAUAACACAGAGGAGUCCAAAACCAAUGUAAAUGGAACCAAGGAUGGCACAAUACAGAAUCGCGUGAAACUGAAUGGUGAUGCAAAGCUAUUUGCAGACAUACAACCAAUGCCAGUCCAUGUUAGAGAAAGGACUCGGCAUGUUAAGAAAAACUCACGGGAGGAAGUCCCUUUCUCUGGGCCAUUGAGUUUUUCUUCAUCUAGUGGCUUUGCAUGGGCCAAAAGACCACAGGAGGAUUGCUCUUUUGCUAAAUCACGGACGAGAUCUAGUUCAAGAGGCCAAUUUCCUGGUGACGUCGAUCAGGACAGCAAGUCCCAAGCUAAAGAAAACAUUGGCCUGAGGGAGCUACCUAGCAGAGAUGUACCCAUAUCAAUAUCACGCGUCGACUCCAAAGUCCGAGACCGGGAGCCUCAUGAUGUAGCAAAGCGUGCAGUCCUGAAGAAGUGGUCACAGUUGGAGCGUCCAGAUUCAUUUGAUUCUUGCGACACUUACCACUCUCAGAACUUCUCAAACGCGAUGUAUCUUGGGGGCACCCUCUCAUCAAAGAAUAGCUUCAAGGGCGACCAUGAUCAAGAAGAGAAGGUUGAAUACUCAGGCCCUUUGUUGUCCCAGUCACACAAGGUCGAUGAACUGUUGCAGAAGCAUGAGCGCCACAUCCGACAAGUCGUUCGGACAUCAUGGUUCAGGAGAGGAAGAAAGCUGGACAAGUGAGAGCAAAUGUUUGACCAUUUCUUUUGAUUGGAGAAGCUUGAUGCAUAGAGAAGUGGAGAGCAUGUCAGUUUCUGAUGGCCUUUACUGUCAGAGUCCGGGAACUGGCAACUGCUGCUGACGAUUGAACUGUUGACUGAAAGCAUAAAAAACAAGAGAUGGCCCCAGCUCACCGCAAAAUUUGAGAAACUGUGCCUCCACUAGAUUUGUAUUACUUUGGCGUGGGUUGUAGAUUCCCCGAGGACGCCUAUGUUUGCAUCCUUUUUGUGUAGAAGGAGCAGUUAACAGCUGAGGAGCCGCUGUGGUCGAUCAAAUAUUCAGACCAUCGUGCAGUCCGAACCAAUAACCACCGCACCAUGACGCGAUUGUUGUAAAGGUAGACUUUGUAAAGAAAAGGUAAAAUCAAAUAAUCUUUAAUCA